GAGCGCGUUCUCGUUCUGCUUCGCGAACUGUUGAAUCAAGAGCGGUAUCGAAUUGCGCGCGACUGCGUCGCGAACAGACGCGCUCUGUCUUCCAACAUUGACAGUCGACCGAGUGGCUAAUAAUGUGAAAUCCCAAGCGAAGCGGUUUUCUGUGUUUACGCUGUGGACAAAACAGUAAACGGUCGUUCGUGUGGCAGCUGUACAUAUGUAUCUCACAGCGCGCGGCCGGUGAUAUUCUCAGUCAGCAGCACCUACCUAGCCGUCCACCUCCCGGUUGUUGAGAGCUGCAUUGAAUCGCACCGAUGAAUGGUUCCUGUCAGCCGUUUCUCGCUGUCCGUGGUCUCGUCGGCGAUAGCAUUGUAUCGCAGUAGCGCGAUAAUGUGUUGACAUAUACAAAUACACUUGAUAUAUUUAACGAGACUGAACUGUUGGUUGUGUCUCCACAUCGGUAAGGAGUAUUUUUUGGACUUUAACCUAUACCCGUGGGACAUGCACACGAAUACGCUUCGUUAGACAGGCGAGACAAGUGGUUAUAAAUUGAGGACAUGCGAUACCUGUGUGCGAAACCUUGUUUAUUCGAUCGAUUAAACGUAUGAAUUAGUGCGGAGCACAAGGGAGCCACAAGUAAGCCAAGCGGAUUCGUAGUAUCGCUCAGAUGUCGUUGAACGAUGACUUCGACAGACCGUUCGAGGACUUCGAGCCGCUGCAAUGGGGCGCGUUGCGGGAGAUAUGCUGUGCCAAUGUGGAGUAUUUCACGUCCCAUCAGGACGCGAACGGUGUCAGGAUCAAGGCCGCACUUCUAGCGAUCCUAGAUCACUUGGAUCAACUGCGGCCCUUGUAUCGAGAGGUAGCCAAAAUCGCGGUGCACUUUGACUAUGACGAAGAGGUCCCUGGCAACGGGUACAGGAGUUUCCUUUCAUUGGUUGACAAGGGUAUCUUGCACUGCAACAUGGUAUGUCAGGAGAUGUAUCGUCAGAAGAAUUCCAUACUGUCUCGAAAGAGUUAUCACAUGAGGGAGGUAGAAGCAUGCUCCCAGCUAUUAGCCUCAUUGUACACAUGUUUACAGCAUUUAAAAACACUUUAUACAUGGAGUACAGAGGUGAUAAGUGAUGGCAAGUUGUCUCUGUUCCCAACUGAAAACCACACUAUUCAAGAACUUCUCAGUAAAACGGGGGACGUUAAUCAGUACUGCUUCUACGGCAGAUGUUUAGGGUUCCAGUUUUGCGAUAGCUUGAGACAUGUACUGAAAACAAUAACAUUUGGUAUGGCAUCUUAUAGUGAAGUUUUUUAUAACAAUGGUACAUUAUUAGGGCGAUGGUCUAAUUUUGUUAAGUAUUUAUUGGAUCCUGAAGCAAGGGCGCGUCGUAUCGUUAGUAUAUCUCAGCAUGCUGAUAUCUCUUUCUGUCAAGCAUUUUGGUUUCUCAAUGAAUCUGAGUUAUUACCCAGAUUACCAUCCAUAAAGAGGCAUUUAGCUAUCAAUCAAGUGAUAUCUAUUCCACCCGAGGAAUUGAUCUUGCCUACUCUUGAUGGCGGGACUGUUUCAAUUCCGAUACCAAAUAGUCAUAUAGGAAAGAAGCCAAUUCAUGUUAGAUUACUCAGCUCCAAACGGCGUUUAGGAAUGGUUGGAUCUGGGGGUAUAGGGGGAGAAUUACUAAGCCUAAGUGAUGGAUUGAUCAUUCACAGUCACGGGGGCGGAUUCGUGGCCCAAACGUCACGAUCGCACGAGGUGUAUUUACGAAGCUGGGCGGUGAAGCUCGGUGUACCAAUUUUAAGUAUAGAUUAUAGUUUAGCUCCGGAAGCCCCCUAUCCUCGUGCACUUGAGGAAGUGUUGUACACAUACGCCUGGGCGUUGAAGCAUGCGAGCACGUUACUUGGAAGCACAGUGAAAAAAGUUAUAUUCGUCGGUGACUCCGCGGGUGGUAAUUUAAAUCUCGGGGCCAUUAUGAGAUGCUUACAAUUAAACAUAAGGAAACCGGACGGUAUUUUUAUGGCAUACGUACCGAUACUCGUCGAUUUCAUCCCAUCGCCCUCCCGUAUGCUUUGUCUCACUGACCCGUUAUUGCCGUUCGGAUUUAUGAUGCGAUGCUUGAAAGCUUAUGUUGCAACUGACAAAAAACUCAUCAAGGAACACGAGAUUGAAGAGUGCGUCAAAUCGGACACAGAGUCCUUUGCGGAAGUGAGCGAAAGUGACCUUAUAGCGCUCGCUCUGAGUCCGAACGGCGACGGCGCAAAUGGCGCGCAGAAAUUAGUAUCUUUAGCGUCCGAUUCUACAUUAAAUUCCGUCAGCCUGACAGAAGUCGAUGGUACUGAAUGUCCGAAAGUACAGGCAAAGUCGCGGGAAUAUAUCAGCCGAUUUGUAGAUAUGUACAGAAACUCGGGCCUCGCUUCGUCAUCGUUCGUUGCGAAUGGCAGUGACAGCAGAGAUGGUAAUAUUUCAGGAAGCGACAAAUCGUGGUCUCUAUUCGGAUGGUCCUUCGGCGGAAAGAACAACAAGGAGACCAAGGAACUCGAUGUGGAGAGUAGCAAAAGUCCUUUGGAAGAACUCACCUUUACGAUACCGAGGGAUCCAUUCUUGAGUCCUUAUCUCGCAUCAGACGAUACAUUAGUCCAUCUGCCGCCCAUAAAGUUACUGUCGUUACAGCUUGACCCUUGCCUCGAUGAUAGCGUCAUGUUCGCGAGGAAACUUCGUUCGCUUGGUAAUAAAGUUACGUUGGAUAUAUUGCCGGGAUUGCCGCACGGAUUUCUCAAUCUGCUAUUGGUUUCAAAAGAAGCUGCGGAGGCCACUGAUCUCUGUGCUACGAGAAUCAAGGAGUUGCUGGAGUUGUAAUUAUAUACAACGCGGAGUAGUUAUAUCAUUGUUAACAUAUAAAUGCUGAUUUAGAUAGGAUUAUAAACGGGAGAGGUACUUUAGUGUCGCGAUAACUAUUUAUCCGUCACGACCAGCACUGUUAUUAUUUUCAACGGCUUUCAUCAACGAUUUAUAACGAUGUUCCACGAAGAAUAGACAAAUAAUGGAUAGUAAUAUCGGAGCUUUCAGUCAGCAUUCGGCCAUUCGCAUUGCUGUUUUUUUACUCUAGCUAAAGUCCACUUUGGACGAUCUAUAAUUCGCGAGUUCUCGCUACACGAGAUUUAAUUAAUUGGUAAUUUAAAUUAAUUUAUAUAAUAUCGGGAGGAUUCCUGCUAACAGAUCUCGUUUUUGAUCGUGUUCGGAGUUUCCGUGACGAAAAUUUGAAAGCUGCGUAUUUAUUUUAUUUCAUUGUCGUUUCAAAAGAUAUCCUUUAAAGACCUCGUUAAGUGUUUUAGUAAAACGAUUGAUGUAUAUAGUAUUUAUUUUUCUGCCGAAAGAAAAUAGAUCCGCAUUGGCGUGUUUUGCAUUGUUUUAGUGUCAUGUCGGAAAAUUUGGAUAUAUUAUUUUCUCGAUCGAUUUAGAACGGAUUAAACGUCCCGUUAGAUCUAGUAGACAAAAAAGGAACUAGUCAUUGUUUAAAUUUCGUCUAGUUAAAAUAUCCUCAAGAAUGUAUGAAAUCUACGUAGCGAACGAUGAGCAAUGAAGUGUAAAUUUUAUUUGUCAAAUUAUUUUUUCUCUGUAGAAUCCGCUUCAUCGCGAAUCAUGUGUCAUCAACAAAAUGGGCUUUAACAAUUACUAUUGAUAUUAUUACAUGUACAUUGAUGUGUUGCAUUAAAACGCAGCAUUGUCUAAAGCCACUUAGAAUGCUUAUAGCCCUCAAAUAUUCUUGAAACCGCGAGUAUUAGCGGUAAUGAUAUAAACAUCUUGUACAUGUAAAAAAAAAAAGUUCGACGUGUACUUAGUAUCAUAUGCUGAUUUCUUAUGUGCGUCGUAGAGGAGAGAGAGAGAGAGGGGUAUAAGUUAUCGUUGUAAACAUAUUUACAAGGCACUAUUAUACAAUAUGUGAGCUUCUUCGCACGGUUUUUCGUGCAAUCUUAUACACUUCAUUGUAAUAUAUACGUACAUUAUUUCAUAUUAAGGAAAUUUAAUAUACGUCGCGCGCAGAUCCAGAAUGAUAUAAUCAGUAUUCCUUAUUUCAUUUAUAUUUUCAAUACAUAUGUAACUGUUUUAAUAUCACCAUUUUAUGAGGAGCAUGGCUUAAAUACACUGUGUACAAAUUUUUCAGUAUGUAUAAAUAGAAAAGAUCGAUGGACAAUAAAAAUAAAUAAAAAUAUGUAAAAA